UAGGGUUAACGUUCUACAAAGGAUACAAUUAACGGUUUAAACACCAAACAUGACACGUGUGUAUCUUCUAACACAUCUUCUAUGUUUAUGCCUUAUGUGUGAAGUAUUUACUUUGCCCUUUCGUAGCAGAGGAUCUAGGGUUGCUCGCUUUAUCAGCGUUCGUAGACCACCAUGGGUAUUUGUGAAACCAUGGGAUCUCUGGGCAAGGAAGUCAGCACGAUUUGCGGCGGAGGCAUUGCUUGAUCCAGAAUAUUCUAUUUACGUUCAUGUUCUUACGGCAAAGGGACUGAAUCCGAUCUUUGGCAGAUUUGUAUACUAUGAUGUGCUUUUCGUUGUCGAUUAUCUACCAGGAACAAUAACUGAUAAGUUCAUAUGCAGAGCGCAUGUUCACUGGGAAACUCCAAGUGUUGCACAUCUGGAGCCAGGUUCAAUUCCGAAUCGAUGCGAUCCGUAUUGAUAAUUGUCUCGAGAUAUUGAGACUUCUUUGCCCUUUUGCCAAACAGAAAGAACAUUUUUAAUUUAUUUUAAAUCAUUUCAACUUCAUAAUAAAAGUACUUCUUUUUAAAAUUAAAUUGCACGUAAAUUCUACAUUUUUCUCCAAUAAAUAUGUGUAUUACGAACUUUAUAAUUAUAAUUGAACACCA